ACGAAUUCAAGGGCCGCGGUGGGUGCCUGAUCGGCGGGAAGUCUCCGCUGCACGCGCGCGGCCGGGUGGAAACCAUUGCCGAGUGCGCGGAGGUGUGCGACCUACUCGGCGCAGACACCUGCUCCGGGUUUGACACGCAGUACGCGAGAUGCGAUCCAGGUUCUUUAAAGGAGAACAGCGGUGACACGUGCAAGGUAAACAACGUCGGCGGGUUCGCCUGCGCUUCAACCUGCCAAUUGAUGCAGGUGAACUGCUACCUGCACUUGAGGUCUUCCACCAAUUGCGUCCCGCUGAAGGCCCUGCCAUUCGACUUCUACGACCAGUGCGUCCACAGGGUUUCUUCCUCUACAGGUGCCGGAACCGUGGACGGAACCACCACUCCGUCCGUCCCCUACGACCCGGUUCGGACCUGUUUCGCGUUGAAAGACAGCGUCACCGACACCAACGCUGGGCUGCUGGGCUACACUCCGAAUUCGGAUAAUUCCCAGUUCUUCUGGCCGUAUCAGCCGGUGGCGGCUGGGAUCGAGUCCUUUGUCCGGGACAGCGCCAAUUGCGGUUCUGUGAGCAAUACAGAUUACACCUAUCUCCAGAUCGCCAUCCGGCGAAACGCGGAGGUCUAUCCGAACUGGUGCAUGCUUUUGUGCAACCGCAUGUCGAAAUGCACCAGAAUCGUCCAGUUUCUGACCGAGUUCAAGUGUAUUUUGGAAUUAGAAGACGCUGAUGGAUCAACUUGCAGUGCGGAGUUACAAACUCUCGGGCUGCAGGAUGCUUCUGGGGGAAUCCCUCCCGCGGCUUUGGCUGCGGAUCCAAAUGCGAAGUCGUUGGUUUCGAAGGCGAAUUUGGAAUCUGCGUUCGACGAAAUGUUUGGGAAGGGGAAGGUUGAAUUCAUCAACAUCGAGCAGAUUCUAUGCAUUUGACAAAAGUAUCGCGCUAGUAGAAAUUGCAUCACAAAAAGCAGAAAAAAUUAAAAUCCAACUUGUCAUGCGCAAUCCUGUUAAAGAAUGACACAUCUGUCAUGCAAGUACGAGCUAUGUCCGAUACUUUUGCAAUGCAUAGCCUUCCGGUUCGCGGUCCGUCAUUUCCAUCCCGACAACCGAUCCUAGCUUGUUCGCAGCCUUAUCCACCGGAAAGUCGAUGAACGAGCAAUUCAUGGACAUGUUGGUCUCGAAAAUUGGUACUGCAGCGACCGCCUCGGCUUCCAAUUCCCUCUUUACCGCUGCUUGUCCAACAGAAGCGUUGGAGCAAAGAUUGUUAACCAGCUCGAUCGAACUGGAAAUUGACGCGAGUAAAACGACUUCCAGGUCGGAACUCGCGAAGUUCGUCCGGAUUGCGCUGUCUUCCGCGCUGUCGGAUCCGAAUGUGGUUCAGAACAACGCACAGUUAAGGACUAUGUUCGAAUCGAGCAACGACGUGACGGUGCAGAUCUACGGAGAGGCUGUACCUCAAACCGGGUCGAAGACGAUCAAGGUGGAAGUUAGAUUCACGGUCCCGUUCUUAGUGGGUAACACGAAAUUAUCGGAACUUCCAGUAACCGCGGACGUUGUCGCUGCGGCGGUUGAGGUCCUAGAAGGUGGCGGAGCGGGUGCUGCGAGUAGUGCCGCUGCCACUGCGGAUUACAAGAAAGCUGUGGCGUCGAUGACGACGAUGAAACAGCUUUUAGAUAAGCAAUCCACUCUGUUUAGCCAGCAACUCCCGAUGCGCCUCGAAUCCCUUGGGGUGGAUUUCCCCGCAAACCCGGAUCCGCUCUUCGUCCCGGUUGCGGGUGUUUCGGAAACGGUGGAGCUCGCUCCGCUGACUUCGAUGAACGCAGCUUCUGGGGUUGCGGCGAGCGGCGCGGGAAGUGCUGCUCAAGACGCUGCAGGUAGCGCCUCUACAACCUCUUCUGGCGGUCUCGCGACCAAGAAAACCUUUAUCCGAUCGAAGAUCGAGUUGCAGUUAGAGAUGCUGCCGACGAUCUUGACCGAUUUGGAGUUCAAGCAGAUGGUCCAAACCGCUUUGAAAAAAGCGUUAUCCAAAGAAAUUACCACCGCGAAACAGGAGCAAGCAAAGGAACUCGUCGCCGAAGCAGCUUCUUCUGGGUCCAAGAUGACAACCAGUGAAUUAACAUCCGUUGUUUCCUCGCUCUACACAGAAGACGCGACUGCGAAGCGGGAAACACAUUCUGACACGACCUCGGUUAAUCAAAUCGGGACUGUUGGGUCUGAUUUGGUAGUGUCGGUAAUCUUCGAUCCGAAGAAGUCCGGGUUCGCGCGGGAUUUCUCCGUGGUCGUGCAAGUUACCGAGCCGGAUUUUGAAGGUGCGACGAAGCAGGAUAGCGAGAUCGUCAUGAAGAUGUUGUCGAAGAACCCGUCUAGGGCGAGCAACUCCGAUAUGAAAAGAAAAAAACCCCCCUCCCCAUAUCGAAAACGAAAUUUGUGACGCUGUAUUUGAGUACACAAAUCGACUUGUAAUGCUAGAAGGCCAGGAGCCGCAGUUGUGGCCUCGUUUGCAGGCAGUUUGUCAUGCUGUUUCCCACUUCCAGCUGCCUCCUGUCAUGCUCAAGAUGCAAGGCAGUUUCCCAUGCCAACCAGCACUACAGUCCGCAUCUUUUCCCUUCUAGCAUGACAAAGCUGCUUUGUGACCACAAAUCUGCAUCACAGAUUUCCGGUUUGAUAUGGGGAGGGGGGAUUUUUCUUCUUGAUAUCCGAGGCGAAUCUGUUCGCGGAGAAUUUUGCGGAUGAAAUCGACAAGGAGUAUGUGGAAAAAGUGAAGGAAAAAACUGGACUCACCCCACUACCAGGUCAGGACAAGAUCAUGAGCCAGGAUUUAUCCAAAUCGCCCGUCUCCCAAAAAGCCCCGGCGCAAUUAGCCCCUUCCGUCGCAUCGAAGGGAUCGUUCGAUCUCGGGUCUAGUAUCUCCAUCACGGCGACAAAUGUCAACGCUGUGGUGAGUUUGAUCCAAAACGCGGUGGUCAUCGCGUUGAGGAAUGCGGUUGGGGCCGAACUCGAGGCGGAUCAAGUCGCGGUGAACUUGGAGCCAGGAUCGGUUUUGCUGUUGAAAGCGCCGGUGUUCACGUUCGAAGUGCCAGUUCUUGCGAAGGAGGUGGUUUACUAUUUAACCACCGAUUCUGUCGCGACUUUUGGCACUUUCAUGGACGACGCUUUGUUGACUCUCGCGACGGAGGCCGUGUUCGAAGCAGACAAGAUUUCUAGUGGUACUAUGCAAUACAAAUUUCCCGUACAUGUACAAAAUGCAUCACAAAUAUCACCGCCUGAGAAGAAGCAACUUGUCAUGCUGAAGAGGUUUGAAGGAAAAGCUUCUCAUGCGGAAGCCACAUUUGUACGCGUAUGUGAAUUUAUUUCCUGUGGAUAGGUACCGCCCCCUCGAUGGCGACUGAUCCGACGAAGACGACCUUGCUAGAGCAGAUCAAAAGCUUAAGUGCCACUGCGGACGGGAAGUUGCUCACCCUGCUGAAGGACAUUGCGGUGAAGAAGAAUUUAGCGAAAACCCCAGCGGAGCUGGCAGCUUUUUCGAAACCAGCGGAUGGGUCUGGCGUGUUCAAAACGAAGGCGGCGAAGAAGGACACGAAGUCAGCGGCGACGACUGCGAAUACGGAGGUUUCCCCAGUGACCCAAUACGUCGGCUUCGAACUGCAGUUGGCACAAAGAGAGUCGAACGUACCGUUAACCGGUAAGACAUUAGAGGAGUUUGUCAGGAAGUCCACUCUUGCUUCAUUGAAAAAACUAAUCUCCGUCCCCGCCACCCCCCUCGGCAACACCUUCUCCGCUCCUAGUAAAGAGGUGAUCGAGAACUUGAGGGAGUCGGAUAUCGUCGUGUCCGUCAUUUCCGCGAAGGGGAAGAGUGCCGCUGCUGGGGCAUCUGCAACAGAAGUUCCGUUCGUGCUGGAUUCGAAUCCGGUGCCGACGACCACGACGACGACGACAACUGUGAGUACCGCAAGUGGACAACAGCAGACAACUACGGUAACCGCGACCACAACUUCGAAGAUCACGGAGUUCGUCACCGUGCAAAUCCCGUUUACCGGUUUUUCCACUGGCGUUCCUCAGGAUUUGAUGACGGUUAUGACGGAAAAUUCCGGGAAAACGAUCGCAAAGCAGGUGGAAGUGAGACUGAAGCAGGAUUACAAUAUCGAAUUUGAGGAAGAAGCGGAAAUCCCGGCGGAGAAGUUACCGGCGAAGGGCUUGCCCGCUACUCCGGCCGCGGAACCGUCGCUCGGCGGCGGGCUGGUGUUCCUCGAGAGCUCCAUGCAGUUAACCGUGGAGAAUUCUUUGAUUAACGUGCAAGCCGCGGAUUCAAUAACCCCUUUAACGCCAAAACAACUCCAAGACAACCGCGCGAACCGGGAUUUGGUGGAAUCCGCUUUACCGACGAUGCUGCGGGAGGGAAUUCUUACCGGUCUCCAGGAUACAAUCGGGUCGACGAGUGAGCCAGAUCCGCUUUCCGUGUCGUUAGGUGGGUCGGAACUGACGAAAUCCCAAAUCGCAAUCACGAUCUCCCCACCAGCGGAGCCGCCGCAGAAGGAGGAGAAACGGGAGAUCAAGAUCGUGAUCCACGGCGCCUUCCCCCCGGCAGUUUCCGGUAAAAUCCAGAAUGCUCUAACCGUGAAGGAUGCAUCAAAAGCUACAACCGGGGAGGCAACUAGUGGUUUGGAAGCAGUUUCUGCUGUUGUGCCUGAAGUAGAUACUUCCAACGGUGCUGAUGCCGGAUCCAGGUUCCGAACUUUGCUCCUAAAAUCCGUUGACACGCAAGUGAAGAAGGCGAAGGAGUUUGUGGAUAAAGUUUCUGCUACUGGCUACACGGCAACACCCGCGGAAGCGGAAUUGAAGACAAAACUAGCCCCCCUCGUUCAACUCACAACCCCCGCAAUUGCAACCAAGGGGACAGCGAAGCCGGUGUCCACGACCAGGACCUCGCUCAAAUUCGAGUUCGACUUCUCUUCCGAUAGUUCCUCAGCUAUAAUUUCGCAAGAACAGCAGAACCAGGAGGCGCAGCGAAUCUUACUCGAGGCGAAGUCCGAGGGAAAGAUCGUGAUGGAGGCGUUGGUGCAAGCUGCUGUGGCGAAAUCACUGAAGAAAACCGCCGGUCUGGAAAUCACGGGGAGUCACAUUGCGGUGACAUUGGAUAAGUCGAAAUCUUCUUCGGACCCAACGAAGGGUAUCCUGAGUAAAAACGUCCCCACACCAGAGUCAAGAUGGUAAAUCUGCUAGAGAAAUCAACCAGCUUUGGUUGUUUGGCAUGACAAGUUUGUCCCUGAAGUGUAGUCCUGUCUUAGGUAGGUCAGCAGCAUUACAGACCUAGCAUAGCAUUCUGAUUCUAGCAUCACAAAGUCCAAAACACGACUAGACAAUGCUUCUCAUGGUGCUCCGCAUGAGAAACUUAUUUGGCAUGCAGAAUUGCGUGACAGCUCUGGGGUCGGGAUGUUGUUACACGGGAUAAAGGGCGCGAUGGAGUUCAUUGUCGACGUGCCGUAUUCCACUACCGCGGUCACGAAAAUGUUGAGCAACAGCGGCGGCUACCGGAAGAAGCAGUUUUUCGACGAUUUUUCUCAAUCGUUGACUAAUGAGAUUUCCACGAACUUGAACAGUGGAAUCGGCUCCGCAAACCCGAACAACACGGACCCGGUGACCGGUGCGGUGUUGUUCACGCCUUUGACAGUGGACGACGUUUUGGCGACUUCUGCAGCCUCCAGGAAAUCCUACAGUUCCACUGGAUCCGGCGAGCCGAUUGUGAACAGCAAAGCGGCUUUAAACUUCAAACUGAAGGAAAACACCGCGGGGAUGACGACGGAAUCCGCAAAAGCGACGAAGAUGGCGACCACGUCUUUGAAGUUCAAGAUGAUCGCGGAUCCGAGUGGAGCCAAAGGGAAGAUCCCGGACACCGACACCAUCAUCGCUUUGUCCCGCGCAGCGGUCGCUUCGUCUAUUCUGAAACAGCUCGGUAUCACCAUCGCACCGUCGCAAAUCCAGGCGAAAAUCCCGACGAAUCUGCUGAAUAUGGACCCAGCAGUCACGACCGAUGUGGAAGUUUCGCUUUCUGUCGUUCUACCGGCGACGAGAUACAGUGCUGCAGAGCAGGAUAAGGUCUUAACAGCCUUCUCUUCCUCCUCCACCGUCAACGCGGACACAAUUACUGACGCCAACGGAGCUGUUGUCGUGUCUGAAACCCAGGCCCAGAAGUUCGCGAAGAACUUUUUCACGGAGAUGAAAAACUACGGUGUAAAGAACUUCGAGGACCCGGACCCAAAUAACCCGUCUGCCACCCCAGCUGUCUCUGUCCAAACUGCGACCGCGGAGGAAUCCGCUGCGGAGCCGGUCACCGACGCGGAAAAGCUCAUUCCGGAAGAAAAGGUGCCGGGCAACGUCGCGUUCUUCGAAACGACGUUUUCCAUCGUCACCGCCGAUGCGACUACCUACACGCAAACCGCCUUGGAGCAGAUGCUGCGCCCGGCGAUUGCGAAUGCGACGACGAAAACGCUUUUUACCGACACAAUCACCGGAGCCGUGACGAAAACCGUGAAGCCGGAGGAAGUAGCAUUGUCCUUCCUGUACAAUUCCCCGGUGAUUUCCGGGUCAUCAGCCCAGGCCAGGAACUUCCAGGUGACACUGCAGAUCACCGAUGUUGAUACGAAGAAAACCGGAGAGAUUCUUGGUACGAUGUCGGCGGGUAGGAAAGAGAUCUUCAAUGAGAUGGUUUCCGCUUUACCGGAGGAUAUCCAGAACAAGGGAGUUUCUGGAACGCCGGCUGCUGGCUCUGUUGAGGAGAAACUGCUAAAUCUAGAUUUGAUGCAGUUCACCAACCCGAAGGCGCACUACGCCUCGCAAACCCAAGCGACGCUGGAGUUGACGACAGUAGACACUUCGGCAACUUCUAUGACGGACGAGAUCAAAGCUUCUCUAGCGGAGGCGGUGAAGGAGGCGCUGAAAGAUACCGGUGGCCCGGCAUUGCAGAAGGAGCACAUCUACACCCACGUGGUUACUUCAACUUCCACCGGGAAACAUUUGAUCGAAUUUUCCUUCCCGGGGGUUUCGAAGACGGGGGUUACACCUUUGGUUUCGAAUUCUGGGGGUAGUAGCAAUGACAUUUUCACAACUAUUCUCAAG